AUGCCACCAACUCUUCUCUAUUUUGCAACCCUGACGGUGGUCUUCAAGGUGUCUGUUGAUGAUCGUCACGGGUUCUUAUGUUUUCGCCAGUUUGUCGGUGGACUUUGCAGUCUGCUUGAUCCCAGUUCUGCCAUUUCAGUGAUGUUCUCGUUAAUUCUGUUGUCCUCUCUACGGUUCCAAGCUGUUGUCUCCACUGAGCUGACCAUGUUGUCCGCGAUUAGCUCUUCCUGUCGCACCCCCAGUAUGAUAUAUGAUAUCUCCCAUGAAAAGGAACGUUCCAAAUCCUUAUGCGUUCUCAUCAACACCACGAUCCCAUAUUACUGCAUCAGCUCAAGCUAA